UGGGGUGCGCGCUUCGCGUUUUUCCAAGAUCUUUGGCUCGUGCAUGCGAUAGAGCCCGGGCGAGAGAGUGAGUGGGAGAGUUUUGUUCACUUUCAUCCUCUGAUUGGCUGGCAGCGCGACCGCGUGCUGCUCUCCUCUCAGUCUUUCACCGCAUGGAUUUCUGAGCUCUCUCGUUUCCUCUCCUGGAGGUGUCUCUCCGUCUCGAUUCACAUGGGACUUGUCCUUCCAGGUUGUUUCGGGAACAAAAGCCUCUCUUCGUGCCUCAUGCUCGGCGCCAGGUCUUCGUAGCUGAGGGCUCUUCGCCAUGGCCGAGCCGGGAGCAGUUUCCGACGCUUUGGCGGCUCCAAUGCUCGAGUUUAUCGCCGAGGCUGCGUCUCCUGGCAGGGAUGGGGCUCGUCGGGGCUGCCCGGGCCACGGCGCCGAGGGGCUCUUCUCCAACGGCGGCUACAAGGAGCUCAGCAGCCCCGGGGUGGGCAGCCGGAGUCGAGACACGUCCGCCGAGAGGAACCAGCCGAGCGGGAACCCACCCUGUGGGAUUAUGAAGAACAGUUCCAAGCAACGGCAGGUGAGGAAGAAGACGGUCUCAUUCAGUUCUAUGCCAAGUGACCGCAAGAUGAACAGUACUGCUGCCUGCAUGGCCUUCAUGUUGGAGGGAUGUGAGAUGAAAAAAGUUCGCUCCAACUCACGCAUGUACAACCGAUACUUUCUGCUGGAUCCAGACCUGCGCUGGCUCCGCUGGGAGCCAUCAAAAAAGGACUCAGAAAAGGCUAAACUGGAGAUCAAGAGCAUUAAAGAGGUGCGGUUAGGGAAGAAGACUCCUGUCCUACGCAGCAACGGUCUCUCUGAUCAAUUUCCAGAUGAGUGCGCUUUCUCAAUCAUUUAUGGAGACAAUUAUGAGUCUCUGGAUCUAGUGGCAAGCACAGCAGAUGUGGUCAGCACCUGGGUAAUGGGACUGCGGUAUUUGGUGUCAUAUGGACGACACACAGUUGGUGUGGUUGAACCCAGCCAAUCUAGCGUGAGAACAUCAUGGAUUGGCUCUGUGUUUGAGCUGGCUGACAUCGAGAGGCAGGGACACAUAGACCUGUUCCGUGCCACGCAAAUUAUCAAGGGACUUAAUCCAGGCAUGAGGGAGUCCCGCAUUGAGUUGAAAUUCAAAGAACUUCAGAAGGCCAAAGAUUGCUAUGGCGAGGGCAUCGACUUAGACACGUUUGUAGAGGUGUACUGUGAAUUGUGCACAAGGCCUGAAAUCUUUUUCCUUCUGGUGCAGUUUUCUAGCAACAAGGAAUACCUGGAUUCAAAGGACUUGAUGCUGUUUGUGGAAGUUGAGCAGGGAGUGGAGGGCGUGACGGAGGAGAUGUGCCGUGAAAUUGUGCACAAGUAUGAGCCUUCAGCAGAAGGUCGAGACCGUGGCUACUUGUCUAUCGAUGGUUUCACACACUACCUCCUGUCGUCUGAGUGCCACAUUUUCGAUCCACAGCACAAGCGUGUUUGUCAGGACAUGACACAGCCACUGUCUCACUACUACAUCAACUCAUCACACAACGCUUCCCUGCUGGAGGACCACUACUGGGGCUCCUCAGACAUCAGCAGCUAUGUCCGUGCCCUGCGUAUGGGCUGCCGUAGCCUGGAGGUAGUGGUGUGGGAUGGACCUGACUGUGAGCCUGUGGUUUAUGUUGGCAGCUCAGUGGCAUCCCAGCUGGCCUUUUCCAAAGUCCUCGAUGUCAUAAACCAAUAUGCCUUUGAGAGCUCUGAGUAUCCUCUGAUCCUGUGCCUGGUGACACACUGCAGUGUCCCACAACAGAGGGUCAUGGCCCAGCAUAUGAAGAAAAUACUGGGGGACAAACUCCACACGGAACAUCCAAGUUUGGAUGAACACUACCUGCCCUCACCUGAGAAGCUGAAAGGUAAGAUCCUUCUGAAAGGGAAGCGCCUUCCACCUGACACCCAGGAUUCUGAGGGAGAGGUGACCGAUGAGGAGGAGGGGCUUGAGAUGUCACGGCGUAUGGUCAGCAUGGAUGAGAAGGACCAGCUCAACGGCAUUGGCUAUAAGAGGCUGCGACUUUGCAAGGAGCUGUCUGAUCUUGUUACCCUUUGCAAAUCUGUCCAGUUUCGAGACUUUGAGUCAUCCAAGAGGGAACAGAAGUACUGGGAAAUAUGUUCUUUCAACGAGGUGGAUGCUAACCGCUUUGCUAAUGAGUUCCCUGAGGACUUUGUAUGCUAUAACAAGCGAUUUCUGUCACGGGUAUUCCCAACACCCAUGCGCAUUGAUGCCAGCAAUAUGAACCCACAAGACUUUUGGAAAUGCGGUUGUCAAAUCGUGGCCAUGAAUUACCAGACCCCUGGCUUGAUGAUGGACCUUAAUCUGGGCUGGUUCAGGCAAAAUGGCAACUGCGGAUAUGUGCUCCGCCCUGCUAUAAUGCGUGAGGAGGUCUCGUACUUCAGUGCCAAUGCUCGUGACUCACUACCUGGAGUGUCUGCCCAGCUCCUCCACAUCAAGGUGAUCAGUGGCCAAAACCUGCCAAAACCUCGAGGCUCAGCGGCAAAAGGUGAUGUGGUUGAGCCAUACAUCUAUGUGGAGAUCCAUGGGAUCCCUGCAGAUUGUGCUGAGCAGCGCACAAAGACUGUAUCACAGAACGGUGACAAUCCCAUCUUUGAUGAGAGCUUUGAGUUCCAGAUCAAUCUCCCUGAACUGGCAGUUUUGCGUUUCGUGGUCCUUGAUGAUGACUACAUUGGUGAUGAAUUCAUUGGCCAGUACACAAUCCCCUUUGAGUGCCUGCAGCCUGGUUACCGGCAUGUACCAUUACAGUCACUUACAGGGGAGUUCUUGCCCAACACCACACUAUUUGUUCACGUGGCCAUUACGAAUAGGCGUGGUGGUGGCAAAGCUCACAAGAGAGGACUUUCUGUGAGGAAGGGCCGCAAGGCUAGGGAGUACACUUCGACCAAGACCACUGGGAUCAAAGUAGUGGAUGAACUCUUCAGGGCUUCCACACAGCCACUAAGAGAGGCAACGGAUUUGCGGGAAAAUGUGCAGAACGCCAUGGUGUCGUUUAAGGAGCUGUGUGGUCUGACCCCAGCGGCCAACAUGAAGCAGUGUAUACUGACUGUGUCUUCGUGGCUGCUGAACAGUGAGCGCUCUCUGCGGGUUACGGUGGAUCUAAGUGAGGCCUAUCCUACCAUGGAGGCACAAGGUCCAGUCCCAGAGCUGCUGCGCAAAGUCCUGACUGCCUAUGACACGAUGAUCCAGACGAGUCGCACGUUGAUUGAAUCAGCAGACAGUGUUUACUGCAAACUCACACAAGCACAACGAGCAGGGUUGGACUUUCAUGAGGAUCUGCAUCGCAUCGGAGCUAAAGAGGGGCUGAAGGGCCGAAAGCUGCAGAAAGCCAUGGAGAGUUAUGCCUGGAACAUUACUGUUCUCAAGGGUCAGGCGGAUUUGCUGAAGCACGCUAAAGGCGAGGCAGUGGAUACUCUGAGGCAGAUCCAAUGUGCGGCUCACUCAUGCGGCCUGGCCAAGAACGGAGCAUCCACCUCCCCUGCCUCGCCCCUGCUGCCCCCCCACCCAAGACCCCAUGGUCCCCUGCACACCAUCCCAGAGACAGAGCCGCCAGACACGGAGCCCAGCACACCACACUGACACACACACACAGAGGGAGGAAUAACCGAUCUCAGGAAGGUUCAAAGCAGUAGUUUUGGGAAAGAGAGAAUGAAAUGAGAAAAGACUGAAAAAGCAGGAGGAGGAGAGAGAUUUAACCCCUUAGAAGCUGAGUUAUUAGUGUUGAAAUGUAAUGUAAGACUGUACGCACAAAUAUAUCUUUUCAUCAAAUUCCAAUUGUAGUAAAAUAUCUCCUACCACGAAUACAAAGGUGGUAUUGAUUGAAAGUUCAGAAAUCAGCAUUUCCCGCAGUUUCAGUAAGCCACGAGAGAAAAAUUGUAUAUAUAAAAUUACACAGUGCUUAGUUAUUGCCGGCAAUAACUGUGACUUCUAAGGUUAAAGGACUCCACUGACCUGCACAGCUCUGAGCUGUAGUGAGAAGAUGGUGAAUGCUGCCUUAGGCUUCUAUACAAAUUCUGGCUGGCCCAAAUCCCAAACACAGAGAAUGUUUCUCAAAAAGCAUUCUUAUUUGCUUAAACUGCCCAAGUCCCAGUGUGCAAGUACAAAUAAAAUUCUAAAGAUCCACAAAUGUUCUUGGGUCACCUCAGAAUAUAGAGGAGGCAUCAGUUGAUGACUUGCCAACAGGAAUGAAUUGAUAGUCCUGUGAUUUAUUGCAACAGCAUUGUGAUCAUGAAUGAUGCUAUUCAGACCCACAGCUGUGUUUAAAUUCUCUAAUUUUAGGUAUAUGUUGCAACUAAAUCUGCUUUUUGGAGAAAAGAAAAACAAAGAAAAAUCAGAAAUUUUUGAGCUAGUCUUUGGGUAUAUUAUAGUAAAAUCACAUUUGCAAAUAAAUGGUCCCUUCAGACUGCCUUUCAGAUAUUGUACAAAAGUGUUUCGUUUUACAUUUCUGAUGCUAAAUGUUAGCCAACUCUAGGUGCGUUCUCAUUCUACCUUCACAUGUUCUUGCAAGUUUGUUCCUGUUAGAUAAUUCGCCAAGAACAGUCUUCCCAAGGAUGUCCAUUCCUCACAUUCUUGUUUUUGGGAAACACACUGCUACAUUGUUAUCUAAUACAUUUGCCCAGUUUAACCAUGAAGCCCUAAACCUAACCUUUAACCAUGAUCUGCAUCUACAUCUAUAAUAAAUAAAUAAUAUCCUGAAAACGAAAACAAGCAGUGAAAAAAAUGUUGUUAAAUAAAACUAGCUCAUUUAAAAAGGAUAUAAAUUAUAAGGUCCACAGAAAAGCUAACUAAAACUAAAUAAUGUUACAUUACCUAUGUAAUACUUAAAGGGCUUAUUACACAAAAGCAGUCCUAAUUCAUUUUAAAUGACCAUUUUAGCCUCUCUUUAUCCCUUAAUAUUAUUUAAAUAAGCUGUCGCAGAGGCCUUAAAGAGUUCAUGCCUCGGCAGGUUGCAGCUGUUUUUAUAGCACGCACAGGACCAACAUAUUAGGCAGGUGGUUAUUAAUGUUUUCCAAGCUGAGGAGAAUAUGUAAAUAUGUUUUCAUGACAUCAAAAAACAUUCAAAAAACAUUUUUGCAGUUUAGUUCUAUAUACAUAAACACACACACACACACACACACUAAUCAGCCAUAACAUUAAAACCACCUCAUUUCUACACUCAUUGUCCAUUUUAUCAGCUCCUUUCACCAUAUAGGUACACUUUGUAGUUCUACAGUUACAGACUGUAGACUACCUGUUCCUCUGUAAGUCUGCUUUUACCCUGUUCUUCAGUGGUCAGGACUUCCACAGGACCACCACCACAGAGCAGGUAUUAUUUGGGUGGUGGAUCAUAUAUAGCUAAUAAUAGCUAAUGCUAUUUUGCUACAGUAGCAAAAGAAAGGAAAGAAAGAAAAUAAAAGCAAAGCCAAAACUGUUAAAGCACAAAAACUAAAUUAAAAAAUAAAAACUAAUGAAAGUUUCAAAAGUAUAUGAGCCCUGAGUUUUACAGAGCAUUUCUCAUACCUCAGGUCACUUCACAGAUGCAUCAUAAAUAACUAGAUAUUCAGCCCAAAGCAAAGCUGUGCAGGCCAGGAAUGUCGCACAAAUAAUCAGUGAAGACAGGAAUAUAUUCCCUCCCUGCUUUUUCAUCGGUCAGUGUUAAAAGCACUGAUGUUGAGUAAUAAGACUGAUAAAGUGAGCAAGACAAGUAAAUAAGUUAGAAAGAGACAAAACCGGUUUUAAAAAAGACAAAGAUGUACCUCCUCAAAUAUCAACACACACACACACACACACACACACACACACAUAAACAAAGAGUCAGCAAUGCCACUGAACAAAAGACUCUUCUUCCCUUUGGCUCCCCCUGCUGGUCCGGAUGAUGUUUGGGGGCCUCUGCACAUUUGUCAGGUGUUAUAAUUCAUGUUUUUAUUUGUUUUAUUUUACAUUUACACUUUGGUCCUUUCAAUCAAACUUUUAUCCAGGGGUACAGUGAGUGAAAGUUGGUGCGUGAGUGUGAGUGUCGUGCGUCUGUCUUAAUUUUGAGUUUAAAAAAAAAAAAAAAAGGAAAAAAAAAAAACCUCUCCAUAACGUUUAAACUGGAAAUUGGACUUAUCCUUUUGCGAUGGACUAAGCGCAGAGAACUCUGGGAAAUCUUUGCUGUCAGUCAAACUUUAAGCAGCACUGAGAAGCAGAUAAGCAAAUAAUUGAUAAAUGAAAUAAAUCAUUUUAGAUCUAAUUAAAGGACACUUUACAGUCUAGCUCAGAACACUUCACCUCUGAGAGAAUAUGCUGUUUGUGAACAAUGUGAUUAUUGUAAUUACUACUGUUACUAUUGUGGGUAGGUAUAAUAAUUAAUAUUGCGGUUAUUUUAUAAUCAUGAACUGUGCAUACACAGUGAUGUCAUGAUGUACCUGUGGUUUGUUGGUUGAGACCUCACUGCAAGGCGGGGUGAGUGAAGAAUGUGUGGGUUGGGGGCGGGUUUUGGAGAAGAGCAGUUGGUGUUGACGUCUGCGAAUAACACCUCAUUUGAUUUCCCUCAUUUAUAAAGUCCAUAAUAUAUUAUAAAGUGAUAUGGCACUAGAAA